AUGGAUUUCUUUUCGCGCCUACCAGCGACCAUCCGAAUACAGAUCCUCAUCGAUCUUGGGUCACCAGCCUGCAUCAGGAGACUCAUCAAAGCAUCUCCCACUAUGCUACAACAGUAUACCGUUCAUCGCCACGUCGUCGUGCGGGAGGUGCUCAGUGAACUAACCAGCCUCGACCAAACUGGAGGUCUUCUCCAGGACGCUAUGGCUCUCCUUUACCUCGCUGACCUUGAACCAAUCCGUUAUCCAAGACAGAAAUGGUUAUAUAUAUUCAUGCAUACAGUUGAUCUUCGUCGGAACAAACAGGAAUAUGAUCUCUUCUUCCAUUACGAAAAACAAAACUUUCCUAACCCUCUCGAAAGUUCUGACAAACCGACCCAGCUUAGGGUCUAUCAGCUCAUCUCUCAAAUCAUCAUUUGUAUCGAGGACUACAGGAGAAAGGAAGACUGCUCUGAAGCUCAAAGACUGUCAUACCCCUUCGGAGAUCCUUCUCUCAAACAUGGACGCUCCUGGUCUUCAAACGAGUAUCAGAUGAGAUUGAAACCAACCACUGAAUGGUCCGUCAACAAUACUUCGGCUCGUUCGAAUAAGCCCGGGUCGAAACCUCAGCUAGAUCACGAUCGCAUACCCUUUUCAUCUCUAAAGUCUUCGGAAAGAUGUCUCUUUUUGAGAGUAUUCCUGAAAUAUCAGUUCUUUUCGAGUCUGAAGUUACUAUAUGAUCCCCAUCCAUACCGUGGAUAUUUCACUCUCUACCCAUUCUACCGAUUCCUAUCGUCACAAGAGCGAGAUGCCAUUGUGCUGGUUCAUCGGUAUCAUAAGAGGCUUUGGAGCAAGAUACGCCUUGGUACUGAUAACUCAAAACCUUACGCCGGCUUGCAGAGGUUGAGAGCAGUUGUUCAGAUACCCACGUAUCCUUCGAGGGUCUCUCUUCCUGAGCAGAGCUAA